UGAGAUGAAAAUUGAGGAUUUGGAAUUGGAAUCCACUGUCGAAGUCAUUGCUGAUUCUGCGAAACUGAAUCGGACGUCUUCAAGGAGACUUCGUUCAUGUUUUGGAUAGAGUUCAGUAGAAAUGGUUCUGAGGAUUUGGAAUCCACCCACUAUCAAACUCCAAAAACACAAAUUGCUGAUUUUGCGAAUCUGAAUCGGACGUUUUUCAGGGAAAGUUCUUCGUCUGGAAAGAGAAUUCAUACAAAAAUAGAACAGAAAUGGUUCCGACAAAAUCCAAACCCCAGUUGUCGACGGCCACUGUUCGAGAGAGUGAAGAAGAUAAAAUCGAAAUUGCUCAGAGAAAAAGCACCGACCCAGUCCACCACUGGGCGUUCCUGGAUGAAAUUGAUGCUCCAAUGUGGGCUGAUCUCACUCUAGAAGCCAAGUCCACUUUCCAAGAUAAGGAUGAUGAGUGGUUCCACAUAAUCCAUCCGUUUCAUCAAUGUUCCUCACGCCAGUUAAUUUCUGCAUUUCAUCACAUUGGCGAAGGGUUCAAAAACUCGGAGAUUGGCAACCAGGGACCCUCUUCUCCAGAGCUUCCACCCUCAGUCUCAAGAUCUAGAGGUAAAUAUCACAGAAACAAGGAAUGUGGACAGCAUAAUCGCAGGGUAACUUCAAAUAAAAGCCACCUGGUCAAGAAAUUAUGCAGUAAAUCGUCAGGGGUGAAUGCAGGAUCUGGUAAGGAAGUAAAACUCAAAUCAAGCUAUAGGACUUCUAAAGGAAAAGCUGGCUUAGAAGUUAGUUCAGUUGGUGUAAGCAGUUUAGCUGAAACUAAGGGACCUAGAAAUCAAUGGGAUCCAAAACCCCGGUCAAGUUCUUUAGCUAUUAGGAGCAAUUCAACUAGCACCAUUGCAUCUGAAAGCAGUUUAACUGAAACUGCUGGACCUAAUUUCUCCGAACCGAUACUCAGUUGUGGGGAUUCAAGAGUCUAUUCAGGUGCCUUAGCCAUUAAGGAAGACAAAAACAAUUCGACAAGUACCAUUACAUCUGAAAGUAGUGAUCAACAUCAGCAGAAUUCCUUGGAGGUAUCUAGUCAUUUAUUUGGGCGCACCAGUGGGCUCUUGUCAACUCUAAAGAUUAGUCUUAGAAAAAGUUGUGUUACGAGACAGGCGUCAAGGGUGGAGAUCAAUGGUGGGAGGAAAUCAGAGGGCCGCAGGUCUUAUUCAAGUAAAUCCAGUGUUGGUUCCUCUUCAAACCCAGGUUAUGAUGUUGAGAACCAGACAUUUGCAGCAAAACAAAUUAGGGAUCAAACCCCAGAUAGUAAAAAUGCUGUGACAAUUUCUCGAGCAUUGAAGCAGAAAGUGCAGCUCCCAGAUGUUUGUAAGGCACCCCCUUUCCAAGCUAACAAUAUGACUUUAAGUUCGAAAUCCCAAGAUGAAACUAUUGUUCCAAAGUCCACAAAUGGGGAGACUGCAAAAUCAAAGGUUCAGAAUCACACUGUACGUCCCAGAGUCUUGGUACGACGUAGUGUCAAUAAACACGAUCCAUUGCCUGCUGUCACAAAAGCUAAGGACAAAAUGGGAGUGGAUUGUGGUAAGAGAUUAGCAGGUGGUGGUAAAGAGAAUGCAGUAGGGAGAUUGUCUGUGACUCAGAAGUCCAGCAUGAGAGAGAAGGUUGCUGAAGGCGUUGUAAUGAAACGAAAUGUACCACAAAAGAGUGACAGAACAAAACCGAUUGGCCCAAAGGUACACAUGUCUACCAUCGCUAUUGAGGCCUGGAGUAUUGUUGUUCAUUAGCUUGCUACCAACUCACUACAUAAUUUUGUUAGGGAUCAUACAUGGCAUUCUUGUGCUGUAUGCUUUUUGAGAACCCAUGUUCCUUGACUGUCUUUGCAUGCAAUAACAUAUCCCCUGUCAUUGCAGUUUUGCUUUUAGUUACACACUCAUUUGCAGCCUUAGUACAUUAUUUGAACGCAAUUACUUGAAUAUAUAGACUACUUUACACAUAACACGUCAAGCCUUGAACAUCUUGUCGUAUUAUAGGCUUGUGCAUUAUAUGUUUCUAUCUUGAAAUUUAAGUUUCAGUGCAUUUUGAAUUGAGAUCUGAUUUUUUAAGACUUUGUGGGCAGGAAAAAAUUAAUGGUGUAAGUGAAGGAAAGAAAUCUACAAAUGUGGUUCAGAAGGUCUACCUUCGAUAGGAGAGAAAUGGUGCACCAUUGGUAUGCGUAGUGUAAAUCCAACCCUUUUUUCCCUUAAAUUGUUUCCAUAUGCUGGAGUGAUGCUGGAGGAAACAAGACAAAAAUUUUGAUUUUGGGAAUUCAUGUCAAUUUUGCUUUUUGUGGUGUUGACGACCUCUGAUGCUGACAAGUUCUUCCCACCCUUUGUACUACAGUUUUUGCUUUUGGUGUUGGCCUUACUAUUGAUCUCCCUACGUUGAUUAUGGACUAGAUGAUUCUGGUUAUUGAGAAUAAGAAACCUUAACUGCCUUUUGCUAUUUUGGUGACUAAUCUGUGUCGAAACAAAGGUAUUGUUGCCGAUUCAACAUGAACUAGAGUGGAGGGAUUGGCACAUUCGUUGAAGAAAACCUACGGGGGAACAGCAAGGAGUUCAGCAGGAGACUUGCUAUAGAAAGUCCUUUUUGGUAUGGAGCAUGAAGCACCCAUUCUCUGUGAAAAACUUGAAUGCGAGAUAACAUUUCACGGU